AGUUCAUCAUCUGAUGAAAAGAAAGGUUCGUCUAACGAUGACGAAUCCGAUAAUUCGUCAGGUCCUUCAAUAGACACAUCUAAAGCUCGUAAAAAGAAAAAGAAAACGGAACCGAAAGGUAAAGCGGCGAAAAAAGCGAAGUCGCUUCCGCAAAAGAAGUUACGUGCUGACGACGAAACCGAGAAUACAACAUUAACAGCAACAACAAGAGCAAAAUUUGAAAAAAGUUCGGAAAACUUGAGACAUAAUAUGGAAGGUCGGAUACGCAUGCAUUUUAGCAGGAACUUCCUUGCAUAUUUAGCAUUGUUGACAGGAACAGAAAGAAAUAAGUAUACAUCCAAACAGACAACUGCAAGGCAACCAACACGCACGCACUGCCCUCUUGUUGAUAUGCAAGCGUUCGUCGUCAUUGUGCAAAAAUCAAUAUCUCAUAUAAAAAUGCUUGUCUGA